UGGAUCAGUAUAGAAGUGCACGCUUAAUUAAUAAUGAAUGUAAUCAUGCUGGAAGAAUGUGUCUUAGAAAAUCUAGGAUCCCUCCAUGUAGAAAUAAUUUCAUCAUCCUGAGAAUGUUUUAUGGUUAUGGUUCAAAUAAUGGUAUAAAUAUGGACCUCAGUAGAACUGAAGAAAUGACUCAUGGUUUUGUUUUCACCAAACUUACAGUGAUUGAACUGUUCAAUUGUUUAUUGGAAAUAAGAGAUAGAGAUUGA